AUGGGUGUCUCCCGCCUGUUUGUGUCGUCCCUACUAUGGGUAGCGAGCACCACCGCCGCCACCACCACCACCGAGUUCUCCCCUAAUGCAAACCACAUCUUCAACUCGAUCCACUCGUCGAUGCGCCAAUGGGGCUCUUCCCUCCAGCACAACGGCAUGUCCUUCUUCCUGGCGACCGUCCCCGCCGGCACGCAGUUCUACCAUGGCAACGCCAACCCCGCGCCGGUGAACGGGACGGAGUGGCUGGCUUUUGAGCCCGAGCAUGCGCUGGUCUUUGCCCGGCCGGGCCCAUUUAAGAAUCCGCCACCGCCUCCUCACGAUGGCGGCGACGACGACGGCGGAGAAAAGGGCGAUCUGCGGAAAGAGAAGCGGGCGGAGGUUGAGCAACAGGAAUCCGAAGGCGGUUGGCUGCACACCUACACCGCAGCCAAGGAUCUUCGGCUGCUGUACGCGGACGGCAUGGCAGCAGGGAAGACCGCCAAUGGGACGCUCGACGGCGAGGACCGGAUCCUGUUCCAGGAUAACCUGCCCAGCGAUGGGGCGAUGCAUGGGGAGCGCGCGCGCGCAGUGGAGUUCUGCCGCAUGGCUCGUGAGGAAUUCCAAGGACGGCUGGACGGUUUCCUGCGCAUGGAGGCCGGGUUUGAGAUCAUCCUCUGUGACUUCGCGCGGGAUCUGAAGGAGGCGAUCACGGCCCGGUACGGCGGCAUCGGCGGCCACCGCGUCGCGCUGAACUACGAGACGUUCGUGUCCGCCUACACGUACGGCCUGGACCUGUUCCACUCGACGAACGAGACCUUCAAGCAUCCCCGUCUGAUGCACCUCUCCGCGCAGCAGCUGCGGCCCAUCCGCGACGACCUGCGGCGUCUCGUCCUGGACCACACCGCCGCCGAGAACCUGUACGACUGGCAGGCGAUCGCCGACAUGGUCGUGGAGCGCUACGCGCGCGAGAUCCGCUACCUCGCGUCCGGGGACGUGGCCACGGUGGCGGACCUGCAUGCGGAGAUCGAGACCAUGCUGGUCCCGUUCAUCGACUACUCCGACCGCGAUACCGACGCUGAGCGCGAACGCUGCGCGCACCAGUUCCUCCCCGGCGAGAUCGCCGUCGAUGGCGUCGCGGCCACUGCCAUCCACUCCGUGGCCCGCAGUAUCUGUGCGACCAUGCUGGCCGCCUGGCAGGAGCCCGACUACCAAACCGCCGUGGACCACUUCCGGGAGCUGGUAAACUACCUGGCCUGGACGACGUGGAAGCAGUGUAGUGGCUGCGGUGACCACGAGGUCUGCGUGGUCCCCAUCUGGCCCAUGGGCACCCUCGAGGACUAUGAGCACCCGCAAUGUCGCGAUUUCUCGAACCCCGUCAGCCCUGGCCAGAGCUACUGGGGCGACCGCCGCGGGCCUCGGCCGCAUGAGCCGGAGGAUGAGAAUGGGCAGGCAUCGGGCUGGUUGGUGCGAUUUGUCCGGUAUGUGCUUGAGAUCUUUCUGCGCAUGCAUAUUUGA